AUGUACAUUUUUAUUGCUGUGUUGUUAUUUAACUGUGUUCUUUACACUAGCACCGUUUACCCAAAACUCCUGAUUGACUUUUUGUCCGAAAAACAAAUCAUAUCAUAUUCAGCCUGCCUCUUCCAGUUCUUUAUGUUUUAUUCUCUAGGUACAAUAGAAUUUUUACUGUUGGCAGCCAUGGCUUUUGAUAGAUAGGUGUCUAUAUGUAAACCUCUGAGAUAUUCCACCAUCAUGACAAAAACUAUAAUUAUGUUUUUGAUUCUGGCCUGGAUUAUACCUGCUUGUCACAUUACAGUUACAGCAACUAUGAGUGCCAAUGCUGAAAUAUGUCACUUAAAUUUGAAAGGAAUCUUUUGUAAUAAUUCUAUUUUUACACUUCAGUGUUUGCAACCAAGAGCACUAACUAUAUUUGGGCUUGUGUCUUUGCUAGAUCUUGUGAUUCUGCCAGCUGUCUUCACAGUUUUUACAUAUACAAAGAUAUUUAUAGUAUCAUAUCACAACAGUAAAACCUUCAGAAGAAAGGACACCGAGACCAGUAUACCCCACCUUUUAGUUUUAUCAUUUUCUCCUAUUUGACUUCUUACAGUGUAAAUAUAGCUCGUGUAGAGUCCAGUUUUCCCCAAAUUGUUCGCUUUUCAAAUCAAAUCAAAUCACUUUUAUUGUCACGUCACAUGUGCAGGUACACUGGUACAGUACAUGCGAGUGAAAUUCUUGUGUGCGAGCUUCACAGCAACAGAGUUGGGCAAAAA